UCGUCUCUGCUGUGGGAACUCCCUGCUUCGUCUAUCAUGAUGAAGUGAGGAGAGAAGGCGUGGGUCUGGAGAGAGGCAAAGAGUCAAUCUGAGAGCGGGGUGGACGCCGACCGAGCUUUUGUGUGAUAGUUGCCGGUUAUCUGAGUUGCAGAGAUGCAGUUUUAGCCAUAUCCCACCACUGUUUUCAGGCCUGAUCUGCGGACUCGAAAGCGCGCAACCCGGGACAAUUCCGCAAUUUAAAACAAACUAUUUAUUCCCAACAAUGCGAUUGGAACGAUUUCGCGUGAAGGCGCCGGGGAUAGUAGCCCUUUUCGCCCACCCACUCCUUUGUAUCAUCGGGCUGGUACUGACUUUUUCUAUGCCUGUCUGCGAGACGUUCAACUUGGACGUGGCUAACCCAGCCGUUUACAGCGGACCUAAAGGGAGUUACUUUGGAUACGCUGUUGACUUUUAUUUGGCUGAUUCUGCCAGUGCAAGUGUGGUGGUAGGAGCUCCUAAGGCCAACACGAGCCAGGUCAGCGUCACAGAGGGAGGAUCUGUUUUCUACUGUCCAUGGAGCCUUGGCCAAUCAGACUGUCACACGAUUGAGUUUGAUACUGCAGGGGAUCGCACCGUCAAGCUCAACGACACAGAACACCAGGCUGAUUUCAAGUCCCACCAAUGGCUUGGUGCCACAGUGCGUUCCCACAGUGACACAGUCCUGGCCUGCGCCCCUCUCUACUCGUGGCGGACUGAAAAAGACGUCCCUCAUUCUGAUGUUACAGGAACCUGCUACCUCUCAGUCCGUAAUUUCACCAAAUUUGUGGAGUAUGCUCCCUGCCGCACAGAGCUUAGUGAUGCGAUGGGACAAGGAUACUGUCAGGGAGGAUUCAGUGCUGAUUUUACAACGGAUGGCAAAGUAGUUUUGGGAGGGCCAGGCAGCUACUACUGGCAAGGUGAGGUGAUCUCUGCAGCUAAGGAGGAAAUCAUCACAGCCUACUACCCAGACUAUUUCAUGCAGUCAGUGAAGGGUCAGAUCCAGACUAAACAGGGCAAGUCUGUUCAUGAUGACAACUACCAAGGCUACUCUGUUGCUGUUGGGGAAUUCAGUGGUGAUCAGGUGGAAGAUUUUGUGGCUGGUGUUCCAAAAGGACUGAUGCUUUACGGUUUGGUGUCCAUUCUGAAUGGUACAGAUCUGAAGACUAUGGUUAACUACACCGGUGAGCAGAUGGGAUCAUAUUUUGGCUACACAGUUGCAACAGCUGACAUCAACAAUGAUGGGAUGGCUGACCUGCUGGUAGGAGCUCCCAUGUUCAUGGUCCGGGGCUCUGAUGGCCGCCUGGAAGAAAUGGGCCGGGUCUAUGUUUACCUGCAGCGUGGCCCCCUGAACCUGGAGCUCCAUCUACCUCACCCCACAGGCACCCAGGCCUUUGGGAGGUUUGGCAGCACCAUUGCACCACUGGGAGAUGUGAACCAGGAUGGUUUCAAUGAUGUGGCCAUUAGCUGUCCAUUUGGAGGGGAGGAUCGGCGAGGACAGGUCUACAUCUAUAACGGAUACUCAGAAGGACUCAGGGAAAAGCCAUCUCAGGUGAUCACUGGCCAGUGGGCGGCUGGGGUCAUUCCUGCCAGCUUUGGAUUUGCCCUCAGAGGUGCUAAAGACCUGGACAUGAAUGGCUACCCAGAUCUCAUUGUUGGUGCCUUUGGUGUUAAUAAAGCAGUUCUCUAUAGAUCACGCCCAAUAGUUCACACCAGUGCCUCUCUGACAGUUUCCCCUACUGUGAUUAACCCUGAAGAGAAGAACUGCAUCAUCACCAGUGGAAACACCAGCGUUCCUGUUUCCUGCGUCAACUUGAGUUUCUGCAUAUCUGCUGAGGGGAAGCACCUACCAGGCAUCCUAGAUUUCCAGGUGGAGGUGCAGCUUGACAGUCAUAAGCACAAGCAGAAAAGUGCAGUGAAGAGAGCUCUGUUUUUGGAUUCCCAGCAGCCCUUGCUCCAGAGGAGUAUGAGGGUGCGCCAUGGCGAGCGCAUCUGCAACCACACAAAGAUCUACCUAAGGGAUGAGAAAGACUUCAGGGAUAAACUCUCUGCCAUUUAUGUAGCCUUGAACUUCAGCUUGGAUCCAAAAGCUGCAGCUGAUUCCCACGGCCUGCGGCCCGUCCUCAACUAUCAGACAACCAGCGCCAUUGAGCAGAAGGCUCAGAUUCUGUUGGACUGUGGAGAGGACAACAUCUGUGUUCCUGACUUGAAGCUGACAGUCCACGGGGACAGGAAGGAAGUCUCCUUGGGUGAUGACAACUCGCUGACUUUGACUUUCAACGCCAGGAAUGAAGGUGGGGGCGCGUACGAAGCAGAGCUGUAUGUGGUGCUGCCCCCUGAAGCUGACUACAGCGGUAUUGCCCGCAAUAAUGAGAGCCUGACCCAGCUGACCUGCAGCUAUGAGACAGAAAACCAGACUCGAUACCUCAGCUGUGAUCUGGGCAACCCGAUGAAGUCUGGUACCAAUCUGUGGGCAGGUCUGCGCUUCACAGUGCCACGGUUGAGAGACACACACAAAACUGUUCAGUUUGAGCUGCAGAUUCGCAGUAAGAAUGAGAACAACUCCCACAGUGAGGUUGUGCCCUACAAGCUGGAGGUGAUUGUUCAGGCUGAUGUCAUUCUACAAGGUGUGUCUCGACCAGAUAAGGUCUUCUUCCCGCUGGCCAACUGGAAGGUGACCAAAAGCUAUGAGGUGGAGCAGGACGUUGGGCCUGCAGUGGAACAUAUCUAUGAGCUGGUGAACAACGGGCCCAGUCAGAUCAGCCACACCCUACUCGAACUGCGCUGCCCGCUCAGCAUUCAGGGCCUCGCUCUCCUUUACCCUCUGGAGUUCUCCACAGAAGGACCCAUCAACUGCACCUCCAAUAAAAACAUGAACCAUCGACGUCUCAAACUCCAGCACUCCUCCACAGAACCACCGGUUCUGGCACUCAAGGCCCAUGAACACCGUGUUGAGAGAAGGGAUGUCCACAGGAACCAGCUCUCUCAUUUGACUAACCUGUCCUGCUCUAAUGCAGACUGCUGGACACUCCAGUGUAAAGUGGGUCUUCUGGAGAAGGGGACAACUGCUAUCCUGAAAGUGCGUUCCCGCAUCUGGGCUGAGACCUUCACUGAGAGGGCUUAUAAACACUAUGUGCUGGAGUGCCUGGCCAGAUACAGUGUGGAGAAGAUGCCUUAUGCCAUCCUACCCAAACAUACACCCAGUGGACACAGAAAGGUGGUGACCCCAGUGGUGUGGAACAAGCCUGAUAUUGAGAACUCGGUUCCUCUGUGGAUCAUUAUUUUGGCCAUUCUGGCUGGUUUACUGCUUCUGGCUCUUCUCAUCUACGUCCUAUACAAGCUUGGCUUCUUCAAGCGAUCUCUACCUUAUGGAACUGCCAUGGAGAAAGCACAACUAAAACCACAGGCUGCCUCUGAGGCGUAAAUGACCCGAGUUACCAGAACCACAGUACCUGGCCAUGCAGAGAAACAGGACGGAACAUGUAGAGUGGAUCAGAAAGCAGUUAGGUGAAAGAGAGACCACUGGAACUCCACUGUGCUGCACUAAGAGAAGACAAAAAAUCAAAUGAAUGUUUAUUUUAUUUUUUAUUUAUGCCUAUUUUGCUGAAAAGUUGAGACUGUUAUCUAAUAGAACUUUAUUCAGUGCCUCCAAGGUGGACAACAAGAAAGCGGCUGCAGAAGAAGCACAGGCUGCCGUCAGCCUGUGGAUGCUGUGAGUUGCCUGCUGUUUCCUUUUGUGCAUUUGUGUGAUAGAAAGUUCUGUUAAUACCCCAUUAACUUUCUUAUUGUGGUGCUAAUGAUCUGAUGUGUUCGCUGCCUCUGACAGAAUGUAGCUUGUGGCAGCUUGUGAAUUAUGCUGCCUGCUUGGGCCUCAAAGAAGUUUUCUGAUAUGUCCUGAACACAUGGUUUUAUUGACGGAUCACUGAACAAGUUUCAGGUGAAAACUCAGCUAUUGCAAAGGAAAUAUAACAUGUCUGGAUGCUGAAACCAAACUUGUUUCAUAGCUUUUAGCACAAAAUUUUAUUUAGCUUUUUUUUUUUAACAUAAGUCUUGUUCCCCUGGUUCUUGGCCAUUGCAUGCUGGGAUAGGCUCCAGCCCCCCUGCGUCCCUGAACAGGAUAAGCGGGCAUAGAAAAUGCUUGGAUGGAUGUUUUGUAACUGUUCAUAAAAAUGAUCUCUCUCUGCCUCAGGAUGGUGGACAGUGCUGGGUUGAAUUGUUUUUGCACUCAAAGGAAUCUACUGAUAUAUUUCCAAAGACACCAAAGACUGACUCACUGACUAACCUUCCUUUGAGAUCUGAUUUUGACUCCUGUCUAUGUCCUGUGUGUUCUUGUUCGGAGUUACCAGUGCUGGCAUCAUCAUUCUUGUAGUCGACUGGGGUGGGACUGGAACCACCGCAUGCCUGUGGAACCUCACAUUAGGCUUGAAGCAGUGUGGUGCUUCUGUCAAAAAAGCAGUGUUCUCCUAAAGAACGGUUUGCUGUCUUUAUUCCUGCUCCAUUUGUGUUGAUCUCAUGCAAUGUGGAGACCAUGUGCAAGCAAAUGACUCUCAGGAGAAACCACAGCGUUAAAAGCCACAAGAGAUGUGACAAUCAGCUUUGUAGCUUUAACAGAUCAUAGCAGGAUCAUCACUCUUUAUGAGCAUGAAGGAUCCAUUUUCAAUUACAGUGUGUAUUACUGUGAGAUACUGUAGUUUUGAUUGUUUUGAGUAAAAUCUGUCCAUGUUUAGAAAGAGAAGUGGCUGAAGUCACCCCACUACCAAAAGGCCACAGGGACUGAAAGUUGAAAUGCUUUGUAUUGGUUUCUUUUACUUGUCAUUUAAUGUGCUUUAAAUGUAAAUACUUCAUGUCAGUGUGUUAGAGUCAGUUGUGUGUGUGUGUGUGUGUGUUUGCUUGCGUGUAUACAUGUGUGAUUUCAUGCAUAUAUGCAUUUGUAUGACUGGUGUAUUUAUGGACACUUGUUUUGUGUAUGAAUUAGUUAUUACCAUUCUCACUGCCUGGUUUAUCCCUGUCACCUCUGUAGUUUGAGAUCUGUGAGGUUAAGCCAUUCUGCAUUACUAUUGAAAUGAUAGCCUAAAUACAGUCAGUGUCAGGAAGCCUUAUCUAACUGCCAGACAAUAAUUACAAUACUUACCUCAGUGGAAAAAAGACUAAGGCUGCCGUCCAGACCUUAGCAUCCUGCAGGAAGUCUUGUACCUCGAACACAGGGAUAACAACCAGGCACUGGGAGGUCAAUGUUCUGUGGAAGUGCAAUAUUUAUAUUCCCUCCUUUUAGUAUUACAGUGCUUUCUUUUGUUUUAUUUGUGACUAAGUUGUGUUAAAGCAGACAUAUGAGUGGCAAACGCACAUAGACCACCUUGUGUGAGGUUCUGGCUUUUCACCAGCUUUCACUAACGUAUGAAACAGUUUUAUUAAGGAUUGUUCCACAGAUGUACUCACCACUUCACUGCUAGAUGACUAUCCUGAACUUGCUGAUCUCCAAGCCGCAGCCCGACACAGAAACACCAGCACCUGAAUGUGUCUGAGUUCAAUUUGGGUUUGUUGACAUAGUUUUGAAAAUUUAUGUGCUCUGCUGUUUCACCUGUCCACCGUUAUAAAAACCAUGUGUUUCACGUUUGUUUGCCCUCUCGUGGAGGAUAGUGAUUUACUAUUUGUCAAAUGGUCCACAAAAUCUCAUUUUGGUAAUUGAUUUAAAUCCUUUAACAUUGUCCACAUGAAAAUUCUUUACCAUCCCAUUAUUUAUAAUGACAAGGGAUGUAUAUAUAUUUUUACUACUUCCUCCAUGGUUGCAUCAGGAGAAGGCACUGGGUUUGUUCUUUUUUGUUUUUUUCUUGUUGUAGCCCCUGUUCACUCUCCAGGACUUUCAGAAAGAAGCUGUACAUAUUUAUAACAAGGAGAGUGUUGAGUUUAUGAAAGCUGAUCUGUGUUGAAUAUUUGUCCCCAUAUUGGGGAGAACUCUUUUGU